AUUAUGGAUUCGGCCGGAUCCAUAAAGAGAUAGGAAUGGUGAGGAACGAGACCAUACGUAUUUGGACGGACCAACCCUCAAAAAAUUCCUCAGUCCGGAUUGGAUUCGGAUCCACAGAGAGGAAGGAUUGUAUAAUGCUUCAGAAAUUUACCAAAAGAAAUCUUGGAACCUUGUUCAAAGGUCUGGUAGCUAUUGAAGUUGGAUUUUUUGCUGUGUCAUAUUAUUAUUAUCAUAAAAUGAACACUUCUAGUGAAUUCAGACGUAAAAUGUAUGACCAAAAUUACACAAUGUUAGAUGGAUUUUACAGAUUAGGAGAAUUAUUUGGUGAUACAAAAACAAGAGAAUUGGAUCUUCAGAUGUGGGGAAUCAAAGACAAAAAGACUUCCUCCGAUUAAUUUUUUAUAAAUUAAAAAAACAGAAAAAUUAAAUGUAAUUGUACAGAUUUAUGCAGUAAAUAAAAUGUUUAAAGUAUA